AUGGCCUCGCUGCCCUUCCGUCGUCCCUCCCGCCAGAGCUCCCGCCAGGCCUCAAGCGAUCCUCGCGAGGACCUGCAGGUGCAGCUGGACCACUUCAUCGGCAUUGACGUCGGAACCGGCAGUGCCCGGGCCUGUAUCAUCGACGCCAAGGGCGACAUCGUGGGGCUGGCCUCCGAGAACAUCGGGCUGUGGCAGCCGGCGCAUGGCUACUAUGAACAAUCCACAUCCGACAUCUGGCGCUGCAUCUGCGCCGCCGUGCAGCGGGCAAUCAGCCAGCACAACAUCAGUCCUGAGACGGUGCGCGGGAUUGGCUUUGACGCAACCUGCUCGCUGUCAGUCUUCAACCAUGAAACCGACGAGCCCGUCUCGGUCACCGGGCCGGACUUCGACUCGGACCGCAACGUGAUCCUGUGGCUGGACCACCGGCCCGUGGAGGAGGCCGCGAAGAUCAAUGCCACGAAUCAUAACCUGCUCCGCUACGUCGGCGGGAAGAUGUCGAUUGAGAUGGAGAUCCCUAAGGUGCUCUGGCUAAAGAACCACAUGCCCAAGGAGCUCUUUGACAAGUGUAAAUUCUAUGAUCUGAGCGAUGCGCUCACCCACAUUGCCACCGGCAACGAAAAGCGGAGCUUCUGCAGUGUGGUCUGCAAGCAGGGCUAUGUGCCUGUUGGCGUGGACGGGAGCGUCAAGGGCUGGCAGGAGGAUUUCCUGAAUGAGAUUGGCCUAAGUGAUUUGACGGAGGAUAACUUCAAGCGCAUGGGCGGCGUCAAUGGGGUGAACGGCGACUACCUGAGUGCGGGAGAGCUUGUCGGGACUCUGUGUGCAAAGGCCGCGGCAGAGUUGGGCUUGCCGGCCGGCAUUGCCAUUGGCAGUGGUGUUAUUGAUGCAUAUGCGGGCUGGAUUGGCACCGUCGGAGCCAAAGUCAACCUGGGCUCAGGCCAGUUGAGUGGUGAGAUCGCCAAGAAUGACCAGGCCCAAGCAUUUUCCCGUCUGGCUGCCGUUGCGGGCACAUCGACGUGCCACCUCGCGAUGUCCCCGGACCCGGUCUUCGUGAACGGGGUCUGGGGUCCCUACAAGGACACCAUUCUGCCGGGCUUCUGGAUGGCAGAGGGAGGACAGUCCGCGACAGGCGAGCUGCUCAGGCACGUCAUCGAAACACACCCAGCCUUUAACCAAGCACACUCAAUCGCAGAGUCCUACCACACCAACAUCUACGAAUAUCUGAAUGAGCAUCUGAAGGAGAUGGUGCAGGACCAGGAGGCGCCGUGCGUGCCGUACCUGGGCCGCCACUUUUUCUUCUACGGCGAUCUCUGGGGCAACCGGUCCCCGAUCGCAGACCCGAACAUGACCGGCUCGAUAUUCGGGCUAACAAGCGACAAGAGCGUCGACGGGCUGGCGGUGUAUUAUUACGGGACACUGGAGUUCAUAGCGCUGCAGACGAAGCAGAUCGUCGAGACGAUGAACGCGGCUGGGCACAACAUCACCUCCAUCUUCAUGUCGGGCUCGCAAUGCCAGAACGACAUCCUGGUGCGGCUGAUCGCCUCGGCAUGCGGCAUGCCCGUGGUGAUCCCGCGAUACAUCCACGCCGCUGUAUGCCAUGGCGCCGCGAUGCUGGGGGCCAAGGCUGCCAGCUCCGAUUCGCAGGGCCGGACGGAGAACCUGUGGGAUAUCAUGGACCGCAUGAGCAAGCCGGGCAAGAAGGUGAUGCCGACGGACGACCCGAAGGAGAAGGCUCUGCUGCAGGCCAAGUACAAGGUGUUUUUGGAGCAGUGCUUCAGACAGCAGAAAUACCGGCAGAUGGUCGACGAGGCCGUGGGUGAGUGGGGACCUGCCUAA